CGAAUUAUCCGAUUAAUACCAAUUUAACUAAUCUUAAAAACUAUUUUGCUAAACAUCAUAGAGAUUUGUAUUUAACUGUAAUGAAUAAACAUGAAGAAAAAAGCAAACAAAUUAAAGAAAUUAAUCAUCAAAAAGAAAAAGAAAAAAUUCAAAAGAAUUUACAAAAUUUAACUACUCAAAACAAUGAAACAAGAAUCGUUCAAAAUCUUAAACCUAUUCAAGUUGCUGAAUUUAAUGAAGAAGAUUAUAUAACUGAAGAAGAAAUUGAAGAA